AUGGGAAGUCUGUCCUCGCAGGCUGCUCAGUCCAUUUUAUGGCCCACAUAUCUCUUGGUUCUGCUGGCGGCCUGCGGGGUAGCUUAUCGGAACCGGGACUCGCUAACUUUUCUGUCAGCUAAUCGAACCCAGAAAGCUGUCCCUCUCGCCUUCAACUUCGUGGGCUCGUCGCUAGGGGUGGGGAUCCUAUCUACGUUUCCGAAAGUGGCGAAUGUGGAUGGGCUUCACGGGCUAAUGGUGUACGCAUUAGCCAGCGGCCUUCCCAUGUUCCUAUUUGCAUUUUUCGGACCUCAGAUCCGCCAACAAGUCCCAAACGGAUUUGUGCUCACGGAAUGGGUUUUUCAGCGCUAUGGACAGUACUGUGGCUUCUACUUGAGUGCGUGCACCAUCUUGACGCUUUUCCUAUUUACCGUCAGCGAAAUCGCCUCGCUCAAGUACUGUAUCGAAACACUCACCAGCGUAAACGCGCUUCCGCUUAUCAUUGCAGAGUGUGUGGUAACGACGAUUUAUACUACCAUCGGUGGGUUCAAAAUUUCAUUUCUAACCGACACAUUACAAGUGGGUAUCAUCUUCGUGCUCGUAGCGAUAGUGGCCGCUGCCACGGGAAAGUAUGUGGAGAUCGAUACCUCGAUGAUCGAAUCCUCAGAGCUACUUCGACCAAACAAACUCGGUUACCAACUCAUCUAUAUCCUAGCUGUGGCAGUAUUCACGAAUGAUUUCUUCAUGAGCGGCUUUUGGCUGCGGACUUUCGCGGCAAAAAAUGAUAGGGAACUGUUAGUAGGCUGUUCUAUUGCAUUUUUCAUCAUCACCUCGAUAUUGGUGCUAAUAGGAUUUACUGGAAUCAUUUCGGUAUGGGCAGGUCUGGUCAAAGUGCGCGAUGUCAACCUUUCUGACUCCUGUCUCUUCGUGCUCCUGACUCAGCUGCCCUCGUGGAUUGUGGGAAUUGUGUUAGUCUUUGUGGCAGUCCUCUCAACAUGUACCUUGGAUUCCUUGCAAAGUGCCCUUGUAUCUUCCAUCUCCAACGACCUGUUUGGAAACAAGCUGUCAUCAUUCCAGGUUCGGGCUCUAGUGACCAUAAUCAUGGUUCCAGUGAUUGUGGUUGGAUUGAAAGCCACAGAUAUCUUGAGCAUCUACCUGAUCGUCGAUCUGCUCUCAAGUUCCGUGAUUCCCGUGUUACUGCUAGGUUUCAGCUCCCGGUUCGAUUUUAUGACCUCAUGGGAGGUCAUUGGCGGGGGAUUGGGAGGCCUUUUUGCAGUAUGGGUUUUCGGAGCAGUAUACUACAACUCUGCAAGCGAGGGUGCAAAGCUGUUAUUGAUCUCAAAUGGUCUUUACAAUGAAGACUGGGGGGCAUUUGGGGCAUUUGUAGCUGCUCCCUUUGGUGGCCUAGCGAUUGGUUUCACUAUUUUUGCCCUCAGAUACACACUGUGCCAUAUCCAAGGCACUGAAAUUCGUGCUUACCAUCCUGUUUCUCACUAUGAUCUGCUCCCGGAGAGUGAAGAUUUAAAUGGGAAUGCUUUAAAACCAGCCUCCACCAACUGCACAGUUACCAUUGCAGAACGGGCUUCAGAUACUCUUUCAUAG